ACCGAGCCCGAAGCGUGGCGAGCGAACUUUUCGGGUACCCUGUUCGGCCGUAGCUCCUCCCCCUGGUGACGUGCCUCCUACCCUAGGGACGUCACAAGGUCCCUUCUCCCACUCCGAUAUAGAACCAACCUUAUCUUCGGGACGUCAGCCACCCGGAAGCCGCGCUGAGACAUCGCACAGGUUUGAGCCGCGGUGGACACCGUACAGAUGCCUUGUGGCCGGUUUCUUAGCAACGGAACGCGCAAACACUGGUGUGCUGCUACUGCUGGGGCCGGUCACUCAUCCCUGUCCUGGGGCCGGUCACUCAUCCCUGUCCUGGGGCCGUCACCGUGCUGCACACCGGGAGCCGCUCAUUACACAGCCCUGAAGGAAAAUGAGUGCAAACCAGCAGCAAGUCCUUGUGCAGUCUAUGGGAGCUCCUAGGAUUUUUAUAGAAAGAACACUAGCUCUUAUCAAGCCAGACGUCCUUCAUAAAGCAGAGGAGAUUGAGGAUAUUAUUCACAGAAGUGGAUUCUUCAUUAUUCAGAAGAGAAAAGUGCAUCUAAGCCCAGAACAAUGCAGUGACUUCUACUCAGACCAGUAUGGGAAAAUGUUCUUCCCAAGCCUGACUGCCUACAUGAGCUCUGGACCAAUAAUUGCUCUGGAACUGACCAGACAUAAUGCCAUCCACUCCUGGAGAGAGCUAAUGGGACCAUCCAAUAGCCUGAAAGCUAAAGAAACUCAUCCUGAUAGCUUAAGGGCUAUCUAUGGAAUUGAUGAUCUCCGCAAUGCUGUACAUGGUAGUAACUGCUUUACUUCAGCUGAACGUGAAAUUCGAUUUAUGUUCCCCCAUGUUACCAUUGAACCUGUUCCCGCUGGAGAAACCGCUAAGGAUUAUCUAAACCUUUUUGUUAAUCCAACACUACUUUCUGGACUCACAGAACUUUGCAAACAGAAACCAGCUGAUCCAUACCUCUGGCUUGCUGAUUGGCUUCUGAAGCAUAAUCCUAACAAACCAGACGUUCAUGACGGCACCAUUAUAGAAGAAUAAAUGAAAAACAAUAAAUGUGGACGAUAAGAAUGACCAUGCUAAUAAAGCAUAGAACUGAAUAA